AUGCCUGGAAGGAUCAGCGAGUGGUCGGACUAUGCCCUGGCCGAGGAGCAGAAGAAGCAUUGGAUGGAACAUGGGUUCAUCAAGAUUGAGAACUGUUUCUCGCCCGAACUCGCAGAGAAAUGGACAAGCUCCAUCUGGACGAGACUCGGUGCGUCUUCAGAUGACAAAUCUACCUGGCCAACAGAGAAGUUGAACAUGCCUGGUCAUACCGUUAUAUCAGUCCAGGAACAUGCGCCCAAAGCAUAUGCAGUAAUGUGUGAGUUAGUUGGGGGAGAAAAUCGUAUUGCCGACUGGUGCAAGUACUGGAAAGAUGGUUUCGUUGUCAAUCUAGGCAAGCCCGAGUUCAAGGAAACGGAUCGUUUAGAUGUGAGGACGUUGGAUAACUGGCAUUGCGAUGGAGAUUGGUUCACUCAUUUCCUCGACUCCCCGGAGCAAGCUCUUUUGGUGAUUCCUCUAUUCACAGAGAUCAAACCCAAAGGGGGAGGCACUGUUAUCUGCACGGAUGGAAUCAAGCUGGUGGCUGAAAGACUGUAUUCGCUACCGCAAGGCGCGACCCCAUAUCUCGCGCCCCGAGGCUCGCCUGAGAUCCCGAAAUCCAAUCCAGAGCGCCGCAAGCUCUGGAAUUCUUGGGUGCAGAAUCCUCGUCUCUGUCGCGAUGAGUCCUUCCACGAAGCUACAGGUCAAGUCGGCGACGUUUAUUUCUUGCAUCCUUUUAUGCUGCACUCAGCAUCACGGAACCUACUUCGAAGUGUCAGGAUUAUUACGAAUCCGCCUGUCGCCCUGAAAGAGCCCUUCAACUAUGACUGUCCAGAUGGCAACUACAGCCUAGUGGAGGCGAAAACAUUAAAGGACCUUGGUCGCCCGAAAGGCUUGCCUGAGUGGAAGAUUGCAGGACCAAGAGAAUUACUCCCCAGUGCUGGCGGCAGAAUAAAGAUGCAAGAGGAGAUGAAACGAAAUGAACUGGAACGGUUGAAGAAAGCUGGGAAGCCUAUCCACACCCUUGAGGGAGCCAGUGAAUAUGGCCUUCAGUAUUAUCCGUCUUAG